AUGUCAAAGGUUCAUGAUAUUAAUAGUGUUCAACAGUUGUGGAAUAGUAUGAUUGCGCAGGAGAAGUUCCAUAUGAUGAAGGUUUAUAGUAUGCUUAUGGGGGAUGAUAGUAGAAUUGACUGGUAUCAUCUUAUGAGUCAUAAUUUUGCUAGGCCUAGAGCUAAGGUGACAUUGUGGCUUGCGAUUCAAGACAGACUUCCUACAAAGAAGAGGCUUCACAAAUUGGGUCAGAUACAAGAUACUACUUGUGCACUCUGUGGUGUGGCAGACGAAAGUGUGGACCAUCUACUGUUCCAUUGUCGCCAUACUGUGAGUUUAUGGGAUAGGUUGUUAGAAUGGCUCGAUAUACAGACUGUAG